UGGUCAAAAUGCUCUUUUGCAGAAAGCAUUAACAGGACUCACAUAUGGACUGGGGGGAAUGCCCUGUGCUGUUGUGUAAGAUCCGAAUUACAGGCUUUUGUUCACACAGCUGAUCAAAUCCUUAUUAUAACACUGCUACAAAAACAGGAAGGUGAGACCUACCAAAAACUUCCAAAAUAUACACAACAGCACAGGGUCGAACUCAAAUGUGCAUUACCUGCUACAAAAAAAAAAAAGUGUUUCACUUCCAAAAACUGGCUUCUGUCAUGGGAACAUGAUGUGGAAGUAGUAACAUAAAAGAAAAAUAUCUAAGCAGAAACAGACUCUGCGUCUCACGAGUGUCUUUGAGAGGAUCAAAUUAAAAUCUUUUGUUUACAAAAAGUGGAUUUAAAAACCUGCUCCACCUUAGAAGGGAACUAAAACGGGAAGUAGAAACCUAUAAAAAUAAAAGCAAGGACUCAAAUGUACAGCCGCAGAGGAUCCCAAUCAAUGUCCUUCAUUAAAAAGUUGGUCAACGCCAUCUCUAAUUGCGAGUUCCUAACCAAGGGCCAUGGGAAGGCAAACAUGUCUCCGAGUGCGGCACACGAAUGUCGCCCUCGCCUCAAUGUGCUCGCACGCCCAAGCCAAAGCGGUCGGCUGCACUGUGAAAACAUGGCUGCGAGCGAGCGUGCAGCGAACGUACGGAAGUGAGAUGCCCAUGUUCCGCCACUCUGGAGAGCGCACCAGGAUGAGGAGACUGUAGGCUCCCGCCGUAGUAUGGCCGCGCCCCGUUCCUCACGCGUCACAAGGUCAUCGGUGGGGCUAAAUGGAUUGGACGAAAACUUUUGUGGCCGCACCCUCAGGAACCGCAGCAUCGCCCAGCCAGAGGAGACUGUUGUGUCUCCGCUUCCUCGGGCCCGCUCACCUAAGAAGAGGCAGGAAUCUCGGCAGGACUCCAGGCAGGUGUCGAAACAGGACGUCAAGCAGGGGUCCAAGAAGGAGGACAAGCAGGAGUCCAAACCGGACCCUAAGAAGGAGAAGACAAAGCAGGACGCUAAAGGGGACACUGAGAACGAGUUGGUCAAGGACUCUGAGCAGCAGGUCUUGCCGCAGGGGCGGUUCAAUGACUCAAAAGACUCAAAUAUUUCACCGGAAGCUGAGCAGGAGCCGUCAGCUGGCCCCCGCAAACGGAGCAGCUCGUGUCUAGAAAAUGAUGUAAGCCCUGAGAAGUCGGAACAUUGUUAUAAAGGGAAUGGGGCGCCGGAUGCCUCCCCUUUAGUCAAAAGGGCCAAGCGGUGUACUCGUGCCGGGGAAUCUCAGGGACACAAGGAGGAUGCAGGGAGCCCCGAGAGUCCUGUCUCCGUUCCAGAGCGCUGCAAGGGCGACCAUUGUGAGGACAUUCCUACCCGGAACUCAACCGGAGCUCCUGCCUCACCCGUCCUCGGGGAAGAGGAAGGAGAGCUGGUAAAAGAUGGUCGGGUGAAGUGUGAAGGGGUGUCUCUAUCCCCCGACGCUCACAAGGCCUCGAACGGGCUCGGGGACGUCGCUGCAGAGAAACACAGCACCCUCGUUGAGGAGUCUUCGACUCACCCCUCUGCCACCAGCUGCCUGCUGCUGCUGAACGGCGGCCAGGCCGGGGCACCCCCCUCGCCCCACCCCACGGUGCCUUGUUCGAACCCUAGCCCGGUGCACACGGAGAUCGCUGCCUCAGGCGAGUCGCCCGUGUCGUCCUCGCCAGCACCUCCAGAGGACCCGGUCCCCGAGUUGGUGGUGGCCAGGGAGCAGGAGGUCGAGGACUUGGAGGUUGAUGUGGUGGGCGACCCCCUGUGUCUGGCCGCUGAGGAGCAGGUGAUGGACACGGAGUGUGAUGCCAAUGGUUGCUCAGUCACGCCUGUUCCGGAUGCUGCUGCCACUUCGCCUUCCUCCACCGCCUACAACAACAACUCAGGAGAAACUACGCCCCCGCUGGCACCGACCCCGCCGCCCACCGAGCCCGGUUGCACGCCCCCAUCUUUUGCUGAGCUCUAUGAGCACAGAUACACCCUACGGACUUCGCCUCGUAAGCCGUCCUCCACCAAGACCUGUUCUCCUCCUCUGAGGGAGGACAGGGAGGUGGUGGAAGGAAUGGAUGAGAACUUCCCUCUUCCCUCUGACUCUUUGUGUCCACCCGACGAAGAGGAGACCAUGUGCGCCGGGGCCAGAGAUGAAAAAUCCUGCGACGGUGGUUUGGGAUUGGAUGUCGGCAAGGAAGUGGCAUGCAGUCACACCACGGAGGAGGAGGAGGAGGAUGAAGAGGAGGAGCCAGACGUGUAUUACUUUGAGUCCGACCACCUGGCUCUGAAACAUAACAAAGAUUACCAGAGGUUGCUGCAGACCAUCGGCGUUCUUGAGGCCCAGCGCACGCAGGCCAUCCUGGACCUGGAGACAUUGGCGCGGCACCAAAGAGAGGCCCUGGCUGACCCCAUCAGCUUUGUAGAUCAGCUGCAGAAGAGGGUUAAUCUGGGUCUGCCAUGCCCCCAGCGCGUUGUUCAGCUCCCGGACGUGGCAUGGGAGCAGUACACAUCCGGCCUUGGGAACUUCCAGAGGGAGUUCUGUGACAAGAAACGCAAAACCAGGCGGCUCAGGCUCAUCUUUGACAAAGGUUUGCCUGAUCGACCAAAAAGUCCAGUUGAGCCCAAGAAGGGGUGUGAAACCUCCACCUUUUACUCCUCACUUCCCACUAGUGACGCUGUAGAGAAUGGCAGGCAGACGCAGAUGAUCCGGGGGAGGCUCUGUCAAUCCAGCAAGCCACACACGUUUAACCAACUAUGGACGGCGGAGGAGCAGAAGAAACUGGAGCAACUCCUUCUCAAGUUCCCUCCAGAGGAAGUAGAGUCCAAAAGAUGGCAGAAGAUUGCAGACGAGUUGGGCAAUCGGACAGCAAAACAGGUUGCCAGCAGAGUGCAGAAGUACUUCAUCAAACUGACAAAAGCUGGAAUUCCUGUCCCUGGAAGAACCCCGAAUCUGUACAUGUACACUAAGAAGGCGUCCAGCAAAAGGCAGCAUCACCUCAACAAGCACCUCUUCAGGCCUUCGACCUUUCUCACCUCCUACGAACCGCCCGUCUUCAUGGACGACGACGACGACGAACGGGCGGUGUUUUACAGUACCAUGCACGACCCGACUGCAGACGACUCGGAUGAGGACGGUGUCCCCGCGGAGCUGCGUAACCUUCCCGAGUACAAAGAGCUGGUGGAGCUUAAGCGGCUGAAAAAACAAAAAAUUCAGGAGAUCCGCGAGGACAAAGGCGGCGUACAACACCUGGGAUACAAGUGCGACGUGUGCGGCAUGGACCCCAUCCAGGGUGUGCGCUGGCACUGUCAGGAUUGUCCACAGGAAAACGCUGUGGAUUUCUGCGCCAACUGCUCAGAGUGCUUGUUUAAGACUGAGAUUCACAAGCCCAACCACCACUUGGACCCCGUGUACCAGCCUGAGACUUUCCUGGACCGUGACUACCGCCUGCCACACAGCACCAGCUACAACUACCUGGACCCCAACUACUUCCCGGCCAACAGAUGACGGACGAGUGGGAGGCGCCCAUAUCUCCACCACACACACACACACACACACACACACACACACACACUUUCUCCGGCAUGCAUGGCUCCAUCGUCCAAGCUUUUUGCCGCUCCCGUGCCAGAACGUCAGCAGGCAGACGGGGGCGAGCAGAGCAAUGCCGCCGUUGCUCGGAGGCGGCCAAGUUGGUGGGCCGCCCCCUCAGACACUUCACCCACAAAUCUUUUAAAGACUUAAAAACAUAAACAAAAAAUGAAGACAACAUUCCUGCACGUCACACAAGUGGCGGUUUGUCGCGCUGACACAUUUCAAAACGCCAACACUGUUUUUGUUUUGUUUUUUUUUUUUUGUUUCCCCCCGCCCCCACCUCCCUCUCCUCACUCAUCCGUCAGUGUUUGCCGCCAUGGAUCACGUGAAGUGUUUAUGGUGACCAGUAGUUGGCGCUAGUUGUUGUGUGUGUGCCAUUUAAAGCAAAAAGAAAUGAAAAAAAAAAACGUUUUGUCGGUCAUCGUUUGGUUCUAAAGUCCAUGAAAAAAGAUUGUAUUUUUAUUAAUCUAUUAAAAAAAUUAAAUAAAAA